CGCCUCGUCACUUCCCCUGCGCUGGUUGUCCCGGUGGCUCAGUCAGCGAAGUGACUGAGCAAAACGGCUGGGAUAUGACCCUAGGGGCGCUGCUGCUGCUGGGGGCCCUGGGGGCGCCGCUCGUCCGGGGCGUCCGUGGCUCGCCGGCGGAGGGCCGGCUCCUCGAGAAACUUUUCUCGGGCUACGAUAGCUCUGUGCGGCCGGCACGGGACGUGGGAGACCGCGUCUGGGUCAGCAUCGGUCUCAGCCUAGCGCAACUCAUCAGCCUGAACGAGAAGGAUGAGGAGAUGAGCACAAAGGUGUACUUAGACCUGGUACGGAGACCCCCACGGGGUGGGAAAGGGCGUUCUGCCUUUACAAUUUCCUUGAAUGUCUGA